AUGAGUGAUAUGCCAAAGGGUAUAAAGCGUUGGCUAUUUUCUACUAACCAUAAAGAUAUAGGAACGUUAUAUAUCAUUUUUUCAAUAUUAACAGGAAUAAUAGGUGGUUUGUUGUCAGUGAUUAUCCGAACUCAGUUGAUGCACGUUAACAUACUCAACGGUAAUCACCAGUUGUAUAAUGUAAUGGUUACAGGUCAUGCAUUGAUAAUGGUGUUUUUUAUGAUAAUGCCAGCCUUAAUGGGAGGAUUUGGUAACUGGUUUGUACCUUUAAUGAUAGGCGCUCCUGAUAUGGCUUUUCCUCGUAUGAAUAAUUUAAGUUUUUGGUUGUUGGUGUCGUCUUUUAUUCUACUCAUCACUUCGGUGUUUGUAGGUGAAGGGCCAGGUACGGGAUGGACUUUGUAUCCACCUCUAUCACAAGUAGUUUCUCAUCCCAGUGCUGGAGUAGAUCUUGCUAUAUUUGCCCUGCAUGUUGCUGGUAUGUCAUCAAUUGUCGGAGCAAUUAACUUCAUAGUAACUAUAUUUAAUAUGCGAGCACCUGGAAUGUCUUUAACUAAAAUGCCGUUGUUUGUGUGGUCUGUUCUAUUGACUGCAUUUAUGCUGAUUGUUGCUUUACCGGUUCUUGCUGGUGCUAUAACUAUGCUACUCACUGAUCGCAACAUUGGCACUUCGUUUUUUGAUCCUGCUGGUGGUGGGGAUCCUGUAUUGUUCCAGCAUUUGUUUUGGUUCUUCGGUCAUCCGGAAGUGUACAUCAUUAUUUUCCCUGCAUUUGGAAUUAUAAGUCAAGUUGUGUCAACUUUUUCACACCGGCCGGUGUUUGGUUAUAUGGGCAUGAUUUAUGCUAUGAUAGGAAUAGCUGCAUUUGGAUUUAUGGUAUGGGCUCACCAUAUGUUCACUGUUGGGCUUAAUACAGAAGCUGUUGUAUUUUUUAGUGCCUCAACAAUGUUUAUUGGUGUGAUCACUGGAAUUAAAGUAUUUAGCUGGAUUGCAACAAUGUGGGGUGGUGCAAUUGAACUAAAAACCCCUAUGUUAUUUGCUUUAGGUUUUAUUUUCGUGUUUGUUGGUGGAGGAGUGACAGGUAUAGUGCUUUCUCAUGGUGGAAUAGAUAAACUUCUGCAUGAUACUUACUAUGUUGUAGCUCAUUUCCAUUAUGUGAUGUCACUGGCUGCUCUAUUUGCUGCAUUUGCUGGGUUCUAUUAUUGGAUAGGCAAAAUAUCAGGUAAACAAUACAAUGAAUGCUUGGGUCAGAUACACUUUUGGCUGACUUUUAUAGGAACUAACGUUACUUUUUUACCUCAACAUUUUUUAGGAUUAUCGGGGAUGCCAAGACGCAUACCUGACUACCCGGACGCGUUUAUUCCAUGGAAUUACGUUUCCUCUAUAGGGUCAUACAUAUCAUUUUUUUCAGUGAUGUUUUUUGUUUUUGUGGUUGUGCACCUUUUCAUAAGAGGCAAAAAAGCUGGAGAUAAUCCGUGGGGAGGUGAUACUCUAGAGUGGACUGUAUCUUCGCCGCCACCUUUUCAUACUUUUGAAAAACCACCAGUUAUAAAAUAG